AUGACAUCCUCAGUACGACCUCACUCUGCGACCGUAAGGCGCGAGUGGGGCCAGGGUAUACCACCGUCCUUGAGGCCUCUAGUCCGGGCUUACGUACUUGGGUAUGCAACUGCUGUCGCUCCACGACUGCUCACUCUGGUCCUACGGCAGUAUGUUACGAAGAGGAAGCCUAGUCUGGACAGGAGCGUCACACAACCCUCCUUCUUGCCAUCCCUGCUGCACAUCUUUCGCGAGGGUCUGGACGUGCGACGUUUCCCGGCGUUUUGUGCCCUCCUAGUUGGCGGCUCAACGCUUUUAGAAAUUCCUCUCUUUGCUCUCGUUUCUCGACUUGCAUCUCGUUUACCACCCCUGGCCCGACGAAGAUUAUCGCGAUUCUUCUCAACAUUCUGUGCCGCCUGGCUCAGUCUCAUAUUACUUCAGUCGAAACAGAGUGACGCAUUCACGGAAAGGGUUCUCGUCGAACCUGAGGAUGCACAGCCACCCCAGGGCCAGUAUCAGACGAUUAGGUAUGCCGGACGGACGCUGGACUUGACCCUUUUUGCCCUGACACGGGCUCUCGACGUGGUUGUUGGCGAGGCAUGGGCCCAACGACACCGCAGAUCGGGUCCUCGAUGGACUCAGCUUGAAUCCACGGUAUCCAAGUUGACCGAUCCAACCAUCUUUGCCAUUUCCAGUGGGCUUGUCAUGUGGUCUUGGUUCUACUACCCAUCGAAACUGCCUCGAGCAUACUCGCAGUGGAUUUCCACGGCGGCGGCCGUGGACCCUCGUCUGAUCGAGGCAUUGCGACGUUGUAGAAAGCGUGAGCUUCGUUAUGGCGAGGAGACGGGCCAGGCCCCUCUCCUCCAAGCCAUGGCUAAAGAGUACGGGUGGCCGCUCGACUGGGGUGAUCCGGCCAAGUCGGUGCCAUACCCAUGCGAAAUGGUGCAUAUGGGCUGUGGCCCGUCAUUGGUCAAUGACCACGUACUUGCCACUCAACCUGCUACUCGUAGCCCGGACACCGAGGCUGAAGGCGCUGAAAAGAGCCCUGGUCUCUGCAGCUCGGUCUUCGGCGUUCCUGGCAGCGUUCAUCACGUUGUUCUUCUACGGUGUCUGCCUGACAAGGACGCGAGUGGGCCCCCAUCUGAUCGGGAAGGACACUGA